UCAUUGACAAGGUGAUGCGAUUUGUGUUUCCCUGAGUGUCAGUUCUUUUAACGCCAACUAAUGUAAAGGAUCAAUUCAAUUCAUUAUAAUCAUGAAUAGACUAGCAUUCCAUAACAAACAUCUUAUUCUGGACAGGCGUUAAAAGAUCUAUACUUAGUUAGCACAAGUCAAACACGAGACCACGAAGCAAAGGCCGGCCCGGUCCGAACUGAGUUCCAGAAUCAUUUAUCAACCAAGGAACAUAAGCAUCAUCCGAAGAUGGUCAUGCCCGACAUUCAGGGUCCUCUUAUCAACAUAGACGUUUGUUUUGUCUAUAAAAUGAUUGCUCUUAUGCCAUUCACGUCAGCCAUUCUUUGCAUAUGUUUCGCUGUUUUACUACACUUUGACGAGGUCACAAAAACUCAUUGUAAGGUCCCUAACUAUUUGCCAUCCAUAAGUGCAGCCACAGGAGACUACUCACCUGAGAAAUACAUCUGGAGAAUAGGCAUUGCAUAUCAUUCAUUUAUGCGCUUAAUAGUAGUUAUUCUAGAGCAUAGAAUACUACAUAACAGAAUCAUUGGUACACCUUCUACGUGGUUUGUAUGGAUGACAAGGAUUAAGUCUCUUCUCUUGGUUGUUGAGAACUUCGCUCUUUUGAUGCUAACAUAUGUUUCCUCCGAUGAUAAUUAUAGUGUGCAUGAAAAGAGCUUCAUCCUUUUCAUGGUGGCAGGAAUGAUUCACAUGCUUUUGUCUUGCUUUCUACGUUAUAAGUCUUCAAAAUCUCCAAAGUCACACGAGGAAACAAAGUCAUUCCGAAGGAAGGUAACACUGGUAGGGGUCAACUAUGGCUCAUUUGCAUUAGCUGUGUACUUCUUCUUCAGACACAACUGGUAUUGUGAGUCGGGAGUCUACAGCCUUUUUGCAUUUUGUGAAUAUAUAGUUGUCAUUUCAAACAUCCUCUUUCACUGUACUAUUGUAGAUGACUUAAAGGGUUUCAAACUCUUAAUUGGACAUCCAGUACCUCCAACAGCAACAAAAUAUAACUAAGAAGCUAGUACUAAGGAUAGUUUUGGAGUGUAAAUUUCCAGCUGAGUGGUGAAUGUGACACGUAAAGCAUGAGUGGACAAAAUGGCCAGCCCUAAGCAUUUGUUGGAACUUGAAAGAAUGAAACAAACAUGCACGGCAGUAAAGUGAAAUUGUUUUUUUCUUCCUUUUCAUAUUUCUGCUUCAUGUACUAGGCACCUAUACUAUAUUAUAGUCAAAAGAAAACAGAAAAAUAUGCCAAAGUCAGGUUACAGUAGCCUGUGUGAACACCAGACUUCAAAACAUUGUUCUAACUGGCUCCUAAAUCUGUAUGUUUGUACUUAUGCGAACUUUGUCAUGCGCAGUACACUGUAGCCACCGACAAACUUACAAGUUUCAGGAGCCAAUUAGGACACGGUACAGCACUAGUGGUUAAUAUAUAAUUAGCAUACCAAUUUAAAAUGUCCCAAAUUUUAUGUAGAUUUAUGAACUAGUAAUGAAUUUCACAAGUUGUGUCAGCAUGUCAAUCAUAAGGCAGAGGUGAAUAAAAAAUUAGGAAUAAAAAGGAUGAAUUAUGGAUAAUAUCAAUAACAAUACGACCAAUGAAUUGGUGUUGAUAGGGUUCAAGAUAGAUUGCCAGCAGAUCAGAUGGUGGUAGGUUGUAAUUAUGUAUGCUGUUGGCAACAACCUAUUAACACAGAUUUGAGUGUUGUAUUGUUCACUAUUAACAAAAUAGUAAUUAUCUUUUCAGUUAUUCACAUCAAUGAUAUUUUUUCCAUUUCCUGUUACUGAUAGCAAAUGUCAAUACAAUGUAAAAUGUAAUGAAAUAAUAAUUACAGUGAUAAUCAGUGAGUACUUUGUUUUUCUAAUUUUAAUUUUAAUUUUAAUUGUGAUUGUGAUUGUGAUAUUAAAAUAAAUAACAUCCUAAAGCUA